AUGUUUCACAAAACUAAUUUAUUUUCUUCAUUUUACAUCAUUCAUUUGGUCAGUAUUUGGACAUGUGCCUUUAACUUAUCUCCAAUUCCAAGCUUAAAAAUUGAGGAUCCGCGACUUACAACAAUAAUCGAGCAAACGAGAAGUUCAUAUUUUGGAUAUACAAUAGUUUUGAGGGAACAAAGUAUAUUAAUUGGAGCGCCACGUGCUCAGUCUACUAUAAUUACACAAUCCUUAAUCGAUGAAACUGGUGCUAUAUAUAAAUGUGCUAAUAGCGGCAAAGAUCCUAAUUGUAGACCAUUUAUAUUUGAUAGUAAAGGAAAUGAAAUUACACCCAAUGGUUUAAGUAAAUAUAAUAAAACUCAUCAAUGGUUGGGUGCUUCAAUGGCUGGUGGACCAAAGGAAACCGAUCAAUUAAUUGUUUGUGCUCCAGGAUACGCGGGCAAAGUCGAUAUAAUGGGACUUGAGCCGUACAUGCAUGGCAUUUGUUAUUGGACUCCAGACACAUUGUCGAAUAAACCAAAGAACGUUAAAGAAUUUGCAUUUCUAAGGGACAACAAAAAUUUGCAAGUAAAACAGGUUAAUGCAACUGGUGUAUAUUUCUAUCAAUUGGGACAACAAGGGUUCAGUAUUAAUAUAACACCAAACAAUAAAGAGUUUUUAUUUGGCGCACCAGGCACUAAUGAGUGGAGAGGAUCUGUAAUACGUUACAAUAAAAUUAAUGGGAUAGUUACAAUUUCUGAAAUAAAUAGCGACGCAAAUGCUAAUGGCGGUUAUGCUGUGGCUUCCGGCUACUUCGAUAAAGACGACCACUUAAAUAAAAAACUUUUAUAUGUUAUUACCUUACCACAUGGAGAUGUAUAUUCCAGAGAUGCACAUUCACAACUGGGUGCGGCUUUUUUAUUCGAUUACAUUGAGCCAAAUAGUAUUAACAAAACUGCAGAAUUUUCGGGCAUGCAAUAUGGAGAAUUUUUCGGUUAUACUGUUCUUGCUGUGGAUAUAACAGGUGAUGGAUUAGAUGACAUUUUGAUAUCAGCUCCUUUGCAUUCACUUAACGAUUUAACAGAUGUUGGUGGAGUUUAUGUUUUCUUAAAUAAAGGCAGGUUUAAGUUCUCUCGUACAUUUUUCACAUCCCCAUUUUCAACGGAGGGAAGGUUUGGCACAACAAUGUCCAGUAUUGGAGAUAUAAAUUUAGAUGGCUAUAAUGAUGUUGCAAUAAGUGCACCAUUUGCAAAUAAAUAUGGAGCGGUUGCAAUAUAUUUAGGUGGACCAACAGGAUUAAGAAAUAAACCUAGUCAGAUAAUAAAAUUAAAUCAAGAAAUGUAUAUAAAUGGAAUGUUUGGACAUGGCUUAUCGAAUGGAGCUGAUAUAGAUGAUAAUGGUUACAAUGAUCUUGCAAUAGGUGCUCCAAAUGCCGAAGCAGUUUUUGUAUAUAAAUCAUUUCCGGUUGUUAAAAUUAUGGCUGAAAUACGUAAUGAAAGAGUAAGGAUAAAUGUUGAAGAUAAAAAUCUUAUAAUUCAAAUAUGUUACGCCUUCAAAACGAAAUCAAAAACUCUUAACAAAGUGUUAUUGGAAAUUGAUUUGGUAGUUGAUCAAAAAUUUAAACGUGUUAAUAUUUUGGAUGGAGAGAACUACAAGUGGUCAGCGAAUAAAACUGUUUAUUUAACUAAACGUUGUACCAGCAUUAACGCCUCUCUUUGGUUUUCAUCUAAAGAUGUUUUUGAGGCUAUACCAAUUGUCUUGACAUAUCGUUUAGUUAACGAUGGUAUAAAACAUGAUGGUUUAGAAUUCUGUGAUGAUUGCGUAGUUCUUGAUCCCUUAGAAGUAACUAUGAGAAGGCAAUUUGUUCGAUAUAUACACGGAUGUAUUAAUACUAUUUGUAAUGUUGAUCUAAACGUCAUUUCAGAAAAUAUACCACGUUAUGUUAUGGAAAGUACUAGUUCAUCUAACUUUAUGGAAAGUUAG